AUGCAAAUAGAGCAUUCACAAAGACAACAACCAGAAAGAGAAAGAAUGAAUAUUGAGCAUCAAGAUAGACAUCCAAGAAGACAACAAACAAGAGAAAUAAUUCAAUUGCAACAACCAGAAAGAAUACAAAUAGAGUAUUCAGAAAGAAGACAAGCAAGAGAAAGUACCCAAAAUUUAUCAAUGCAAAGAAUGGAAACAGAACAUUCAGAAAGGGUACAAAGAGAAAACUAUUUAAGAGAACAACUAUUAAGACAAACAAUAGAAAGAGAGCAACAAGCAAGAGGACAUACCCAAAGAAGAAAUAGAAGAUCAUAA